AUGUCUACAUUUGAUCCUACUCUUCUAACAGGCCCUUUGCUUCUUGGCCAUAUUCUCAAUUCUUUUCUCUAUGGCAUUGAGCUAAUUCAAUUUUAUCGCUACCGGACCGCUUUCCGAGACGACAAGGCUUGGAAUCGCAGGCUCGUCCUCACAAUCGUCAUUUUGGAUACAUUACAGACCGGGUUCUCUCUCCAUAAUGCAUGGAUGGCGUUGGGCUCAGGAUGGGGCAGAGAAGAUGAGAUACUCCAUCCCGAAUGGACGUGGGGGAGUGUUCCUCUGUUUACAGGGAUCGUCUCUUUUCUCGUCCAGGGCUUCUACGCAUUUCGCAUCUCAAAGCUAGUUGAAUCGCGCUAUACCAAGUACAUAGUAUCCGUCAUCGUCCUGGUCUCCAUCGCUCAAGGCUUCUGUGGCAUCUUUUCUGGAAUCUACUAUGCCAUCGGCUCGUUCCGUAAAGCCCAAUAUACAAUUGCGGCGGUCACGACGACAUGGCUCGGAGGCACGGCACUUUGCGACUUGAUGAUCUCGACUACCAUCGUUGCAUAUCUCAUGAUCCAGCUCGCAGCUUUCAAACCAAAGGAUACCGUAGUAUCCAGAGUUAUCCAAAUGACGGUUACGACCAGUUUGCUGACUACCAGCUUUGCCUCUGCCGACUUGGUUCUCUUCUUGUUGUAUCCAAAUAACAACCUUCAUCUCAUCUUCUGCAUUCCCCUUGCCAAACUCUACAGCAAUACCCUCCUCGCCAUGCUCAACGCGCGCAAGGGAUCCUUUUUGCAGGAUGAUCCCGCAGAAGCUAGCACAUCUGUUCGCGUCAGCUUUCGAAAGCCAGAAAAGAUCCAACGGGAACCAUCUGCAGACGAGAGUUUCUCGACAGGUGAACCAAAAGCUGAGCGAGACGAAGAUACGUCGUCGUCGAUCACUCAUGUCCCACCGCCCUUGCCAGCACCAAUCUCUACUGCGCCUCCCUCAUCCUCGCGCCCACCAGUCAUACCUCCAACGGCAGUGAGCACGACUAUUCGAUGGGACGCAUCGGCGAGGAUGGAAACAGGGAAUAUCCCUCGGAGUCCGAUGGGAUCCAACUUGGCUCGUCGAAGAUCGUCAGCAAAUAUUCAACCGUUGGCCAUGGCCACCCAGAGCGGUUUAGCUAGUCAAAAGCGCAAAGAUCAUACGCCUCGAGGUGUGGGUCCUUCGUCUAGCGGCAAGUCGCGGCCCACCAAGUCGCAGGCAAACGCAGAUUUCGACUCUCAACUCCCUUCUAUCCUGGAUCUCUCCGUAGACGACGACUCAUUCCGCACCCGGUUCUUGAACAAGUUCCGAUGA